AUGGCGAAUCUAUGCAAUGUUGAAAACGAAGGAAAACCGGUAGCUAAUCAAGGAAUCGAUGUGAUAUUGAAAUCGCGUAUUGAAGGGGAAACAAUUCGGCAAUGCUCAUGUGCCGAACAGCAGGAGUGCACAAGAGAGAUGAAAGCUCAAGCAAAGGAGUGUUCGGAACCAUGUUUUGCCACGUUUGGUUCGAUCACAAGUCAGCCGCAUGAGCUGAAAAGAUGUUUUGAUGACAAAGACGACAUUCUUCAUAGAUUUCUUACUUGUUUUGAACAGAAAGUUGAAGGAUGCGUUCCGGAUCUCAAUGGGCCACAAAUCCCAAAAACCUCCAUUCCUAAGCUGUUCUCCAUUGGCGAACAUCAUAUUGUGAACAAGUCCGCAGCAAUCCAG